ACCAUGGAGCGCAACAAGACGCGUUGGAGAGACUCACCAAGCGGACCGGACGAGCAGUUUGUGAUCUGUUCCUAAGUCGCGUUCAGGGACAGUCGGCAUCUUUGUGUUCACCAGCAGGUGGACGUUGAGUUGUAACCCCCCCAGCGUGCGCAAAUUGACUGGAGCGCUCUAUGCAAUACAAAUAGACUUGGAGUGACCAGCGGGAGGAACCGGAGGAGUGGAAAGGCGCCCGGAGGACCAACCAGUGCCCGCCGGAGAGAAAAAUGAUCUUGUUUUUACCACCGCUCAUUAUGUCACGUUGUCUUCGGGACAUGUCGCUGGUGUGCGCUGCGUAAAACCCGCUCAACACCCCUCCACCGGACUGCUUUCAUGUCUCACGCCAUCAGGGCGAACAGUUACUUCUCUUCAAGGAAACUGUGAGCGCAGCUGAGGUUGUAUCCAGGAGGAAGGAGGCGCUGGGUGAACACCGAGAGCCAGUUACGAACCAUGGCGAAGUUUCACAACUCGGACCUAUGGAUAGCCUGGAUGGUCAUCUUCUGCAUGGAGGGUUCGAGGUUUGAUCUCCACACGGGGAAAGUGUGCGUGCGGGCGCUGGACGUGACCGUGUCCCAGAGCAGCGUCCAGGCGGCCCGCGGCCAGGCGGCCGUGCUGCCCUGCUCCUUCACCACCAGCGCCGCCCUCAACAACCUCAACAUCAUCUGGAUGGUGAUCCCGCUCUCCAACGCCAACAAGCCGGAGCAGGUGAUCAUCUACCAGGGCGGCCAGGUGUUCAGCCUCUCCGACCAACUCAUCGGCCGCGUGGGCUUCGUGGCCACCAUGCCGAGUAAAAGUGCCUCCAUCUUCAUCAACAACACCCAGCUGUCUGACACUGGGACCUACCAGUGCCUGGUCAACAACCUCCCAGACAGAGGGGGGCGCAACAUCGGCGUCAUCGGGCUCACCGUGUUGGUGCCCCCCUCGGUGCCAGCGUGUCGGGUCCAGGGCGCGCUGGAUGUGGGCAGUGACAUCAUGCUGGUGUGCAGCUCAGAGGAAGGCACCCCCACGCCGUCCUACUCCUGGGAGAAGCUGGACGCGCUGCCCAAGCUGCCGCACAACGCCAUGCAAGACCAGAUGCAGGGCACUGUGACAAUGAGAAACAUCAGCACCAGCACCUCAGGACUCUACCAGUGUACCUCCAGCAACGUCAUCGGCAAGAGCACCUGUCUGCUGGACCUGCAGGUCGUGGCACCCCAGCCUCAAAGCGUGGGUCUGAUCGCGGGCACCAUCGCGACUGGAGUGUUAGCCGUCAUCAUCUGCUCCCUGUUGGUGGUGGUGACGCUCUUCUACUGGAAGAACAAGAACAAAUACGACGAGGAGGAGAUCCCCAAUGAGAUCAGAGAAGAUGACCUUCCUCCCAAGAGGUCAUCGUCGGCGAAGGCCUUCCACGCCGACGCCUCGUCCUCGGAGAACGACACGCUGACGUCCACCAACACGGACAACAGCCGCUACUGGCACAACCCCAAACCCAACUACGACACGCACUCCUACACGCGCUACAACGGGGACACGCGCCACACCUUCUCCGCCACCGCCGCCGCCACCACCGCUCACGGUGCACAGAACGCGGCGCACGGCCACGCCCACAGUACAGUGCCCGCGGCACCGGGCUCGGCUCCGCUGACCCGUCACGCGCAGCCGCCACCGCCACCGGCGACGACGACGGCGGGAGCGGCGACGAUGACGACAUCGUUCGCCAACGGCGGCCACGCGCUGCCGCCGCCCAAGUCUCUGGUGGUCACCACGAACUCCGCCCCGUCCCCGGGCGCCAUGGUGCGCAGCAACGGCUCGGUGAGCCUCAAGCCGGCGGUGACGUCCGCGCACGGGCACCACACGCACACGCACACGCACACGUACGCCGUGAGCCAGGCCAUGCUGGAGCGGAUGGGGGCGGUGCCCGUGAUGGUGCCCGCCCAGAACAGAGCCGGCUCGCUGGUGUGAAAGAUCACGUGGUGAAAACAGGACCAACGUGAGUGUGAUGUAUACAAACAAUGCAUAUGACCGGAUAUGGGCUGAAGCCGCCCGCUGCCCUUUACACCUGUGUCUUGUCUGGACCUCGUUAGCUACAACACCAACUGGGAUUCCACAUGCAGAGGUCAUUUAAUGCCAACUCCUUGACGUAUGGGACCCUUCAUUUAGUCCACGUGGAAUAUGACCAUCCACUCAUUGGAUGGAUUUUUUCCUGGGAACAAUUUUUCAGUCACUCGGAUAUGAAUUUACAAAGUUGUGGUGAAAUUUCCCCGCACAACCUGGAUCCCCAGAUGUUUUUUUGGGGUUUUCCAUGGCUGGAUCAUUGUGAUGAUUGUUUGGACUCAACACAUUGUCCGCGUGGUCAGAGAGAGGCGGGCGGCCACUCCCGCAAACAUGCAUGUGUCUAGGGCUGCAACUAACGAUUAUUUUGAUAAUCGAUUAAUCUGUUGAUUAUUUUAUCGAUUAAUCGGAUAAUUAAAAAAACACUGUAAUUUUCAACCCUUUAUUCAAAACAGGGUCCGUACGGUCAUGGAAAACCUGGAAAAGUCAUGGAAUUUUUAAAUGGCUAUUAGCAGGCCUAGAAAAGUAAAUGAAAAAAAUAAAAUCCCCAAAUGUUUGGAAAAGUAAUGCAAAUUUGUUUUAUUCAAAUGUUAAUUUACAUGGUAUAUAUACGGUAUGCUUUGGAAUUCUCAUUGUUAUUUUAAAUACUACAUCUUCUCACUUGUUCAUGUCUACACAGAGUUUUCAUUAAAUGUUUAAUCAUGAAAAUUUGGUUUAAAGUCAUGGUAAGGUCCUGGAGAUCCACUGGUCAGCAUGUGUAUGAACCUGUUCACUGGUCAUGUGGAUGAACCCGUCACAAACAGACUGACAGCGCUUUACUCUCCUGAGUUGGCUAUUUAUGGGUUAAACGCCUAAUACGGUGAGGGGGCGGGGCUUAUCUCCGUUGCCUUUCUCCGUGGAAAAAUAUUUUCAGCCAUCCGCCACGGAAUAAAUAACCACGUUUUCUACGUUAUACUCUUGUGGAAAUGCCACACACGUCGUGACAUGUAGCGCCCUGGUGUCUGGGUUCAUAACGUCACCCGGGGGCGCACUCAGCUCCGUGAAUGUCUCCGACUACGUGAAGGACUUCUGCAUCCAGCGCCACGUGAGCAGCAGCAGCCAAUUAGAUUCAUCAACAGCGGAGCAGCUCAGCGCUGAUUGGCUCUCACAACGCAGCGUUCCGUCUCUCCCUCCACUCUUGUUUCUCCUGCGCGGCUCUGCGCUCAAAUCUACUUUGUUUACACUCCGUGACUUAUUGAGCGCCGUAAUAAUCGCGCGACACAACGAAUCGAUCAUGAAAUUCGUUGCCAACUAUUUUAAUAAUCGAUUUUUAUCGAUUUUAUCGAUUCGUUGUUGCAGCCCUACAUGUGUCUCUUUGUUUUUUAGGAUAACAAAUGACAGACCUUAUUGUUUAAAUCAUUUCUUUUCUUUGAGAGUCGAUGGAGGAUUGUGCAUUGAAAUCGUGAAUGUUUCCAAGCUCAAGGAGGAAUGUAUGAGGAUGAAAUGAUGUCGGGGGAAAUGGCUUUAGAAGCUUCGGGAGAGAGGUUUUAUUGGGUGUGAUACAUUGCAUAAUAUACUUUACGUUAUUGAAAGCCAACAUUUUAAUGACGUUUUCGCCCUUUUCAGAGCAAUUUUACAUGAAACAAUAACUUAACAUGACAUGAUUUACCCAUACUUCAUAUAUCAAACCUUUUCUGCACUCACAAUAUAUUGGUGAUAUUUGAAGAUAGCACAAGCACUGAAUUCUCCCCACAGGAAGCUACCGCCCCCCUGGUUUAGGACACAACCUGCAGAUGGAUACUGUCGUAAUGUUUGCUGUGUUCAUCCUCACCGUUUAAUGUCACAUCAGUGCUGCUUUCACAAGUCUUAUUCAAUAAAUGCUUUAUAAUGGGGGAAAAGUAAAAUAUAUGUAUGUAUAUAUUUUUUAAGAUAUAUAUAGAUAUGUGUAUAUAUAUAUAUAGAUAUGUGUGUAUAUAUAUUUAUCCACAAAUAUAUGUAUAUGUACAUAUAUAUAUAUAUUCACAAAUAUAUAUGUAUAUAUAUGGAAAUAUAUAUACACAAAUAUAUAUAUAUGUAUACAUAUAUCCACAAAUAUAUAUAUAUAUGUACAUAUGUAUAUAUACAUAUAUAUAUAUUUUUUAAAGAUGAUUUUCUUCCCUUUGACACAUGCUUUCACCUCUCGGUUUCUACUGUACAUAUUUAACUACAGAAGUAGGCUAGAUUGUGAAUCAAAGAAAAUACAUGACAUGUCUGACUGAUACAUAUUCUACAACUCACGUGUCUUAAUUUUAAAAUGGUUCUUGUGAGAAAACGAGCUGGUUUUUAAUCGUCAGUGUUAUUAGUUUCAAUGAAGGGAUGUUUUUCAUUUUUUCAUUUCUUUUUUAAAGUUUUCAUUUUCCAGUGAGUGUUGCCAUUUCGUCACAAGGUGUGAGGUAAAUUCAGUAUGGUUGAACAUAUGUUUGACUUUAAAUAAUAAGACACCUCUGCUGUAUUAGGGUACAACGUUUCACUGUGUUUCUGACCUUAUGUAUUUCUAUUUUAACCAAAUCUCACCAGCCUGUUAAAGAACUGUUUCAGUGUUCCCAACAUGUCUCAAUCCUCAUUUCUCAUUGUGCAUUUCCUCAAUGCCCAAAACUAAUACUGUGUUGUAGCUAUGAUGCAAUAUUUAAUGCAGCUAUUUUUUUUUCCUGUUUGACAUGCAAUAUUGGAAAGUGUGUUUUAUUCUACAAAGAAAUUCCUUUUUGCUUUUGACGUAUGCGAUUUAAUUGAAUGUGCUUUUUUGGGCAUUUAAAUAUAUACUGAGACAAAUUAAUGUGCUAACAUUACAAAACUUGCUCCAGCUUUAACGCACACACACACAUUUUACAUUUAUAUUAUUUAGUCCAGUUUACUUUAGAAAACACCUUUUUAUGUCAGAACUAUUACAUUUAUGGCAUGUUUUCAUGCCAUUUCAUAGUAGGUGUAAUAUUACACUCAUACUUAAUUAAUUAAUACAUUUAAGAACAUUGGUUGGCAGCUACUUUGGAGUAGUAUUAGCGCAUUAUUUUAGACUGGAAUAAAAAAUAAAUAAAUACUCUUUAAUCCAAACACAUAUUUGGCUACACUAUGCACAAUGCACACUAGCCAAGGUGAGGUACUUUUGUUUUAUUGCUGUCAUCCCUUAUUAUAAUUCAUGCAUUUAUGGAGUCACACAAAAAAACUGCUUAGUCAGCACUGCUUUCCUGUCACGGUGAUGUGUGUUUACACGGGCCUGGAUCCAAUGGCAAUCCUGAAAAUUCUCCUUUUUUUUGGCCCAGAAGUCAUAAUUCAGAUAGCUUGUAGUUUAUUAUCUGCAUUAUUUUUUAUUUUUUAUUCACUAUCAGUUACAACAACAUAUAUCAGUCCAAUUCAAUCACAAACAUGUUUCUUCAUCUGUGUACAUUUGACCCCGGUCUGCUAUACACCUGCUCAGUAUUAUUACACAUUUAUUACACAUUUAUUACACAUUUAUCCGACGUGUUUCUUUCUUUGUUUUUUUUGGUCUCAAGGCUGUCCACCAUGUGACGGUGCUAUUGAACUCACACACAUUAAUACCUCCCUGCCUUUUUUGUCUGACAGUGUUUUCAUGAUAAAUUAGAUUUCACACACCGUCUCACCUGGCGUCCCCCCCCCCCUCCCCCUCCCUGUUCUUCCCAGAUACAGUUUCAGUUCAGGCUGGAGAAGCUAAACUGAGAUUAUUUGACUAACUCUGUCCUCUGUUUGUAGGAACAAUGGAGGACAGAGAGCACACCCAGUAGAGAACUACUGAGGCUUUAACCCGGAUUGAAUAUCAAUCCCUCAUCUUCUUCCCAUAGGUCGGCGUGUGGAACACAUGGUGAUAUGUGGGUUGUGUAUAGAGAUAAAUAAUGACUUGUGAUAUAUAUUGCCAAUAGUUAAGCCAAUCUGUAAAUAUGUAUAAAAAUACAUCUUGUUCUUACUGUUGGGUUGAAAUGAAAUAGGAAAAAUAACACUGGAACUUGUAGUGAAUAAAUAUUGUUAAUACAUUCUAA